GCUUUGAGACGUUGCGCGUUAGUGCGUACUUUCGCGCUGUCAGUCGGCAAAACGGAAAAGCCUAAAGCGAGUUUUAAAAUAUUUUGAUAUUUAAGAAUAUUUCGCAUCGUUAUUUAAGAUCGAACGAUGGCAAGUACAGACGAGUCAAAGUAUCGGCUGUCCAAAGAUGUUACGCCUCUUCGUUAUUCAAUUCAUUUGGAUCUAGGUUUGGAAACUUGUGUCUUUAAAGGCAUAGUGGACGUGGAAAUUAAUGUGUCAAAAGAGAUAGAUGCUAUAAUCUUAAAUGCAUUGGACCUUAAUAUAAUUGACGCAUAUUACUAUGAUUCUUUUGGAUAUAUCAAAAAAGUAAAUCGAAUUGAACUUUCUCAGGAGAAUGAAACAGCUACCUUCACAUUUAAUACUCCUUUGUCACCUGCAUCUAAGGGAUACUUCAACAUCGAGUUUGAGGGAGAACUUAGCGAUAAAAUGAGGGGCUUGUAUAGGAGCAAAUAUAUUGGAGCUGAUGGAACAGUUGAAUAUGCAGCUGUAACUCAGUUUCAGCCAACAGAUGCUAGACGGUGCUUCCCAUGCUGGGAUGAUCCAGCAAUCAAAUCCAAAUUUGUUAUUACUGUAGUUGUACCUGUAGGUUUAACUGUUCUUUCCAAUAUGACUCCCGAAGUGACGAAUGAAGCCUAUGGGACCAAGAGUGUAAUGUUUCAUGAAACCCCACUCAUGUCGACAUAUUUAUUAGCAAUAGUGGUUGGUAAAUUCGAAUAUAUAGAAGCUCAAUUGGAUAAUAGUUACGUACGUGUAUACACUAGAGAAUCGAAGAAAGAACAAGGAGAAUUCGCACUGGAAGUAGCAACGAAAGUAUUAGCAUAUUACAAUAACUAUUUCGAGAUUUCUUAUCAACUUCCGAAACUUGAUCUUGUCGCGAUACCCGAUUUCUCAUUCGGAGCUAUGGAAAAUUGGGGUCUAGUUACGUACCGUGAAACGUGCCUCCUAGUAGAUCCAAAAAAUACAUCUACCGGGCGAAAGCAAUGGAUUGCUUUAGUGAUAGCCCACGAAUUGGCGCACCAGUGGUUUGGAAACCUCGUAACCCUGGAAUGGUGGACGCAUUUAUGGCUAAACGAGGGUUAUGCAUCAUUUGCGGAAUACUUAUGCAUCGGUGAUCUAUUUCCCAAUUACGAUGUUUGGUCGCAAUUCAUAACAGAUACACACAUCAGGGCGUUAGAACUCGACGCUUUCCAAAAUAGUCAUCCGAUUGAGGUACCGGUAUAUCAUCCUGCCGAAAUUGAUGAGAUUUUUGACGACAUUUCAUACAGUAAAGCCGCAUCUGUUAUUCGAAUGAUACACUCGUAUGUCGGGGCUGACGCUUUUCGAGUUGGUAUAUCAUAUUAUUUGACAAGGUAUCGCUAUUCUAAUGCAAAUGCAAACAGUUUUUGGUUCGCCAUGGAAUGCAACACUGAGAAGCAAUUACGUCACGUAAUGGCUGCUUGGAUCGAGCAGCAAGGAUUUCCCGUUAUCAAAGUUCAACAUCGUCAAGAAGGCAAUGAUCGAAUUUUAACGUUAUCUCAAGAGAAAUUUAUAGCCGAUGGUAGCGAGGAUCCUAACAAUACUAUGUGGAGUAUACCAAUUAACAUAAUUACGUCUUCGGAACCGGAUUCAAAGAAACCUGCAGUUCAGACUCUGCUGAGCGAAAAAUCGCAAGAGAUUCGAGUGGAAAACGUUGGUGAGGACGACUGGGUUAAACUGAAUCCUGGAUUGGUCGGCUUUUACAGAACGCAUUACAGUCCAGAAGCAAUGGAUCUCUUGUUUCCCGCGGUGAAAGAUCACACAUUAGAUCCUUUAGAUAGAUUGGGUUUGCUGGACGACAUGUUCGCAAUGGUAAAAGCCGGUCAUGCUUCAACCGUGGAAGUACUUAAAUUUAUGCAAGCGUUCCGUUCCGAAGAAAAUUUUACCGUAUGGUCUAGUAUAGUGAAUUGCCUAAAGAAAAUCGGAGCCCUUAUUUCUCACUUGGAAUUUGAAGAUUCGUUUAAAGCGUUUGCACGCAAUCUGAUGCGCGAAAUUACCGACAAAUUAAGCUGGGAUCCUAAAUCCGACGAGAGUCAUUUGGAUUCCCUUCUACGGCCUCUUAUUCUAGGUCAUAUGGCAGUACUGAACGUCGAGGAUAUCAUAGAAGAAGCGAACAAGAGAUUCGAAUUGCACGUGUCUGGUAAAACUCCGUUAGCUGCUGACCUGCGCAGCCCUGUCUAUCGGGCGGUACUUUCCGUCGGUGAAAUCAAAACUUUCGAGACCAUGUUGAGGCUAUAUCGAGAAACAGAUUUUAACGAGGAGAAAGAAAGAAUACUUAGCGCUCUAGGCGUGAUGAAAUAUAAGUCCUUAAUAGCGAAUUUUUUGCAAUUUGCUAUGAGCGACGAAGUUAAAGCUCAGGAUACAACAUUGGCCAUCAUGUCGGUGGCGAAGACGUACAAAGGUCGGGAGAUGGCCUGGGAGUAUUUCAAACUGAGUUGGGAAUCGCUACUUAAUCGUUACGGCGGAGGUUCCUUAAUCUCGAGAUUGGUGAAAUGCAUCACGGAGAAUUUCGUGACCGAAAAAGAGGCCCAAGAUGUGGAGCAGUUCUUUAAGAAACACCCGAUACCGGGAACCGAUAGAACGGUUCAACAAAGCGUAGAAUCAAUUAGAUUAAACGCGGCAUGGCUUGCCAGAGACAAAGACUCUAUAAGAGAAUACCUGACCAGUCAAGUUUGGGAGUAACACGAGUUACCCAUAGCCUCGAGUUUUUGUCUCUACCUUGUUAUAAUUUCUGAUACAAUAGGAAAUCGAAAGGACGAUAAAACCACGUCAUUCAGCGAGCGUAUUAAAAAGAACAAUAGUUGCUUCGAGUCAGUUUAGAGAAAAAGAGAAGAUACAGAACCUCUGUAACACACGACAUCGUAGGAUUUGCAUUUAUAUACACAGACGCGCGUGCACAUACAUUCGUAUACACAUAAAUGAUCAGUUGCUUAAAGGAAAUGCGAUUACGCGUACAGUUGUUGAUUGUAUUGGUUGUAUCGGUUGCAAACUUUGCAAAUGCUCCCGAACAAAUGUACGAAAGCUACAGCAGGAAGAACAUCACUGGCCAGAGCAUCAGUGUUAUUUCGCGAUGAUGGCAUUUACAAAUCACAACAUUAUACCUUCUUUUAUCUAUUUACAUUCUCAGCAAAAUAAGUUGUUUCAAAUCCGCGCACUAGUUUGUACUACUUCUAUGUCGUAACGAAAUAAGGGAAACAAGAAGAAGGAGAAAAAAGGGAAACGGAAAAUGCAGUGUGUAACUGCAGCAACCCAUUUAUGUCACAUACUAUAAUCGAGAAAAUUGAAAUAAAUAUUUGUACGCUUGU